GCAGGCGGCGGCCCCGGGGGCACCAGCAGAGGCAGGGCAGGGCCGCGGCCGCGGGCCCCUGAGCUGUGCGUGUCCGGCGGGCCCGGCGAGACCAUGAUGCCGGGCGAGACUCGCUCGGCGGCGCCCGGGACGGCGGCGGACCUCGCGCGGUGCCAGGGCUGCACUUCGUUGCAGCAGAAUUUAAAUGAAUAUGUUGAAGCAUUAAUUACCUUGAAACAAAAAAUUAUCAAUACCGACAAUUUGUUGACAGAAUAUCAGAAGAAAUGUGAUGAGCUGCAGUUUGCAAGAAGAGAGAACAGUACUCUGCAUCACCAAGUGGAACAGAUGCUUCAAAAAAUUUCUCCUCUGCAGAAAUGUCAGGAAGAAUUGGGAUCUUUAAAAGCAGAGCUAGAAGAGAAAAAGAGUUCUCUGAAGUUAUAUCAGGAUACUCACCAGGAAUAUGCUCGUGUAAAGGAAGAAUGCCUGAAAAGUGAUGCACAAAAGAAGAAACUGGAAGCUAAAGUGAAGAAGCUGGAAGAGGCUGCUGUCAAGCAAACUCAGGACUUCAAGCAACUGAGAAAUGAAAAGAAAAUACUUGAAAAGGAAUUUAAGAAGACACAGGAAAGGCUUGAUGAGUUUUCCAAACAGAAAAGUGAAAAGGAAUUGAGACAUAUUGGAACACAAAUUUCAAGUGAUUCAUAUGGAAGCAUAGACAAAAGGAAAGUGAAGCUGCUGCUGAAGGAACUCUGGCUAUGUGUGAACUCAGCUCACAGACUGCCUGGCGAAGGCAGCAGAUGCGUCCCAGAAGAACCUGCCAAAGAAGACCCCAGACCCAGAGCAUCUGGGGAAGAUGACUCAUUCCCUUCAGCCCAAGGCAGUCCUCCCAGGGCCUCAGGUGUACAGACGUGCCUCACGAAGCUGUCGGUGGAGAUGCAGGCUGACUUUGCUGCCUGGAGGAGUGUCGACACAGAGCAGCUCGGUGGAGCAAAGCACUGCACCAGCAGAGUUGUUUGUGACGAGGACAGGAGUCCUGAGGGCUUACUGCAGAGUCCCAAUGACUGGGACAGGACUGACUUUGCCAGCCCCGGUCAUUUUUUAGACAGAGAUCUUCAGGCCGCAAUGGACUUCUUCAAACUCCCCCCUCCUCUUCUGUCUCCAGUGCCCUCCCCUCCUCGUACGUCUUCCCCAUACCUGGACUCCUCACCUUCUGUGCUCGACCCUGAAGCCUACUUUGGAAGGUAUACAGAUUCCAGCGACAAUGACUCUGCUCGGCCUCGAAAUUCUGCUGACUCUGUUUCUGAAGAUGAUGUACCUGAAUCGCAAGAUUAUUUUGGUUUAUCCAGAAAAAAUGAAGCAAGUGGUGCAUGGAAGGAAAAUCCCAGGUCGCAAGAAGCUGUCCAAGCUCUAAACAAGUUGGCAGCGAAUACAGUGGCAGCUGGUGGACUUGUGACGUUCACAGCAGCAUCAAGAGAGCCAUCAGCCACACCCCCUGUAGCUCAGGAGAAGCCCUGGACGGUGGCGUCUGGACUCCAGAUUGAUAGGCAAAGAGAUGUUUUAGGUGAGAUAGAAAGACCCAUGGGAAUCAGGGAGCGGGCUGAGUCCCUGCAAGCUGAGAGGACUCGCCAUACACCCGGCCCGGGUCGGUGGGGUGAGAGGUUUUCCAGCAGCCUGGCAGGAGAGAAGGGCUCAGCCACAGGGGAGUCUCCCCUCCACAGGAGGCCACUGAAUGAACACGUUGAGUCUGCAGGAGAAUCUUCUCCAUCCAGAGUGAUAGGGCCGCACACAUCGGAAUUUACCAAGUGGACACUGACCGAGGAAACUGCUUUGGAGGCAGACUGUGUAACUGGAUCCAGCGGUUCUCAGAGAGCAUCCGGAGAAAUGGCAAAGGACCCAGAAGGUAUGCAAGGAUCCACUUCGGGGGAAUCGCCUGAGCCAGCGGAAGUUGGCAGCGACACAGGUGAUGCAGUAGGUCCACCAGGGCUUGAUGUUACGGCUACUUUUUCUUCCUUUUCUACCUCGGUACCAGUGUCUGUUUGCAGUAAUCCUCAAUCUUCACAGAUAGAGUACAUUAGUGCCACAGAUACUCCAACUAAAGCCAUCCCUCCUGAACUGCACUGUUCAGAACAGAAAUUACAAACUAAAACUUUAAACACACUACUUCUACCAUCUGAGCCACCAGAACAUUCUGCACAAGAAAACCACCUGGAGAGCAGCUUGCGUGCCUCAAGUCCUGAAUUGGGGCCACCGAAUUUGAAUGAUCAGGAGAGCAGGGAGAUAGGGUGCACAGAGAUUAUAAAAGACUUGGCCAAGAUGUACUCCUUUCCCCAGUCAGUAUUCAGGAAAGUGACGAAAGAUGGACGUUGUGAAACUCAGGACCCAAGAACAGAACUCACGCUGUGGAAGUCGGAUGCGACGUCAUCACCAGAUUCUCGGGCUGGCUUGAUCAAGGGUGACUCUGGUUUCAUGCAAAGUGCCUCAUGGCACCAUAGUGAUUUAUUAAGGACAAGGGGAGAGAGUCCGAGAGCUACCUCAGAACAGGAACAACAGAGUAACUGUCAGUUUGAAACAGCGGCACCCGCUCUGCAGAACAGAGGGGCAGCAGCCGUGCCGCACCAUUCUGGAGAAAACAGUGGUCCUGUGGAAUUCAAGGCCGCUGCUUCAUUACUGCCUAAUCAAGUGUCAGUCAUCACAAAGCAGGCAAGACCCCAGAAGACUCAGAGAGCUCACUUGGAACACUCGAGACCAAACAGGAAUGAGGCGAACUUAGCAGCCAGAAAUUGUGAUGACAGAAGCCAGGAUACAGCAUAUGUAGCAGAGCGAAGUAGGGAAGGGAAGGAUACAAUCAGAAGCAUCAAAGAAGUGGCCACUCAGAAAAGCACUGCACCAGAAGCAUCUUCCUCUUGGAGAACAGGAGAUUUUGAUCCUCCAAGUGGUUCCUCACCAGCAGGUUUGGAUUAUUCUGUGGGUGGUAAGGUAUCUUUCUCUGAAGACACCGUCACCCGCAGCCAGGACGAUUCCAGGGACGCUGCCACUCAGGAGAAGGUGCAGACACCGAGGCAGUCAGCUCCCUCCUUGGGUCCGGACCCGUGCAGGGCAGAGGGCAGAGAGCUACUUCCUGCUGAGGCAGCUGUGUCGGGGGGCUGCCCUGUGGAAGAAACACCCUGCAGAGACCCUGGCACCCUGGGCACUGAUGCCCGGGCUAUUGCCAGCGAUUCCCCCAGCACAUCGCAGAAGAAUCAUGAGCCUUCCAGGGUGGCUCCUGGAACGCCUGGUGCUGCUUUCCCGGAAUACUUGGUCACCGCAGGCCCUGCCUUUUCAUCAGCAUUGUGCAGCAAAGCUGAGACAAGGGACAUCUCCCAGCGAGGCCUUCCGGGUGCCUCCUUCUGUUGUGCAGGGAUUCGGGAGGUAGGGGAGAAGGACAGCGAGGUGGAAGGGAGCGAGAGCGCAUUCAGCUGCAGCGAGAGUGAGCUGGAGGCUGAGGGGCUGGGCAGGGGUCCCCAGGAUGCAGUGGACAGCGCGCAGAAGGCUUUGGGUGACAUUGAGGCUGGGGGACCUGAGACAGGAGCUUCCCUAGAGGUGGGCGAUUUGACCUCAGCGCUGCAAGAGUUUAACCUCAGUCCUUCCCCUGACAUCGACAGGCUUUCCGCAUCCGGGGUCCUCAUGUUUCUGGAGAGUUGUCAGCUAAGGGACUGUAGUUCAGGGGACUCUGUUUCAGAAUGUUCUAGCAAGGGCGCCUUAAGUAAAGAAGUGGACAAAGAGUUAAAGCCAAGGGGGAUAUCAGGAGAGAAGUGUGGUGAGCAGCCCUGUGAAGAAGAGAUACUUGGGACCCCCGGAGAGUGGAUCGAAGCCGAAGACGAUGACUGUUCCUUAAAAGCUCCCAGUCCCCUUGCUCAGUGCUCCUUGGAAAUACAGGCUGAGGUUCUCAGUAGAAUUGGACAAGAGCUUGAAACAAAUCAUGAGGACUGUAAUGGUAAUGAUACUGGUAAUUUGUUGCUCUUAAAUCUAUAUAACAGCCUGACAGUGGAAGAUUUGAAAGAAAAAGUUCCAUUCCCUCAGGAAGUGACUCCCCAUCCCCCAGAACUGCCCCUGCCAACUGCUGCCCCAGAUGUGAGAGGCAGCUCCCCUGCGAGAGGUGGGGACCACACUGAGAGCAGACCUGAGGACAGUCCUGAGGCCCCCAGGCCUGCUGCCCACAGGCAGGGCCCGUCAGCGCCCGCAGAGCCCAACACCGUGUGUGCUGACCUUGCUGCAGAGGUCAGGACCAGGCACAGCCCUGCCUGUGAGGCCGAGGUGGGCUUUCAGUGUCAGGUUCCCACAGCAACCUCAGAAGCCGUGAACAUGCUGAUAACCGAGACUCAGAGUCUAGUCACCGACCAGGGGGAGAGCUGGGUGGGCGUCAGUGGCGUCGCCAUCUCUCCAGACACGGCCCAGGUUGCACUGUGUGGUACUCAUGGAGACGUCGCUGUUUCCCAGGGGCAGGGAGGGCUGCAGGCCGCUGUUGUGUCAGUGACAUCUGUGGAGAGGUCCCCAGACCCUGCACUGCAGGAGCCUCUGUGUGGCCGUGACCUUCCAGGUGCCCAGGAGGAUGUUUCCAGCAGCGGCCAGGGCACCAGCUUCGAUAAGAGCCGUUUGCGGAACAGACCUGUCAAACCUAGUAUCUGGAUUAGUUCUCAAAUAUACGAUCAGGCAUUUGAGACUCCAAAUGUCACUUCUGAUCACACAUAUUAUAACUCAAAACUGGAGAUAUCUGGCAAGAGUAAGACUCGAUCAAAGAUUUCCAACAGAGAUCAGCCCAACAAACCAGCGAAGACGUUAGCACCAAGCAGAGGGGAAGCUCAUCAGAGUGAAGUUCCCCAGCCGGGUUCAGGGGACAGAGGUAACACAAAAACUCCCCGAGGCCAGACACAGCCCAUUCUGGCAAAAGCCGACACGUCCACGCCUACAGACUGUCCUCUUGACACCCUGAGCAAGAUCCGGCAGGAGGUGGGGCCACCUCUGCCACCGCUGCUCGCGCCCCUGAUAGCCACACCGCCACGGACCUCGCAGCCCCUCUCUCCUCUGACGUCCAUCCCCAGCCCAUGCUCCCCAGCCUCUCCUGCUGACCCGAUUUCCCCCUCCUGUGAAAUCCCCGGGCCUCCUGUGUUGUCUCCAUGGUCCGAAGAGCCCAGGCUGGCCUCCCCUCCAGGGCCCUCUCCGUCUCCCUGUGCUGCGAUGCCUGGGGGCAGGACCAUGUCCUCUCCUUUGCAGUUCUGUGCAGCCACACCAAAGCAUGCGCUUCCUGUGCCGGGCAGGCUGCCGCCUUGCGCACCUGGCCACGCCACUCCUGUGGGCGGCCCUCAGGAGAACUCUGUGAAGAUCCUGGACACCAUGUACCCAGAGCUAUCUGCCAGGGCCCGGACCCUCAGCAUCCUCAAAGGGAAUCUCCAGCUGUCCCGAGGUCCGUCUGCGGACGGGAAGACUUUAGCAGGGCCUGUGAGUGCACUGAUAGGGCUCAAGGCCAUCACUUCCUCCUCCACUGCUUUCGUCAAAACUGGGGGCAGCUCUGGAGGUGACAGUAGCCAGGACAGGCCAAGAGAUUCGCGGACUCAGCACGAUUCAGGUGGGAAGAGGACCUUGUCAGCAUCAUCUCUGAGGAGUGCGAAGAGGUUGCGUUUGGACAGUGAGUCCCCAGAACCAGAAACCACGGGGGCUGCCGCCAGACGAGACCCCAAGAACCCCCCAGGAAACCCCCCUCAGGCAGGAGCUAACCCCGCGGAGCAGGAAGGCAGCUGUACCUCAGCCAUCGGCCCCGUGUCCCAGGUACCGCUAAAGCCAAAGGACGCGGUGGAGCCGCACGAUAAAGCCAUAGCUCGUGCACUGCAGAAGAUUGCUGAGGCGUCUUUUGAUCUGUUACCUGUCAUUCGUAGUCACGUGUACGUGGGAAACAUCUCCAAAAAGCCUGUGAUGAGGGACCAGGAGAAAGAAGUUGUGUAUGAAUUUAGCACGACAAAAAAGCAUUUAGCAGAGUGCUUGCUUCGCUCCAUUCUCUCAGAACUGAAGAUUCAGAGGGUGUCUGUGGACCACAAUUACAUGCAUGCCCUCUGCAGAGUGUAUGUGGGUAUUUGUCGGCAGCUUGGAGACCUGGCAAGAGCUCGCCUGUUUUGCUACAGCCUGCUGAAGGAAGAUUUUCCAGAGUCUGAGAAAUUGACUUUGUUUAUUGCAAACAUGUGGCACGAUGUAUUUGUCUCUCAGUCGGUGAUUAGUAAAGCGAUGCAGCUCGUUGCCAGGCAGCGUGCCAAAGGGGAGGUUCUGAGCUGUUUGAAAGCCUUUCUCAACUGGGAAAAGAAUGCUCCUGUAGAUGUUGGCAUCAUGGUUUCUAAGCUGCUUUUGACCAUACAGUUAUGUCCAAAGACAGAAUUCCAGCCCAGUGAGAAAUUUGGGGAAGACCUGAGUGAUAGCACUUGGGAAUACAUCUUCGCCAUCGAUCUGCUCUGCUCCCAUCAGAAGUGGGUUUGGACACAUGAUAACAUUAUAAGUAAGGAGCUGUGGCCUGUGAUGGAUAAGUGGAUAAAAUACAGGAAAGGACAUGCAAACGUUGCGUACACUCCCGACGUUAUCAUAGCGUCCAUCCUGAGACUGAUUGGUCGCCUGGGUCAGUUGGGUUUGAAGGAAGGAUUUCCAACUACUGUGAAGAAUAUCAGUUCAGUCAUUGGUGUGUUCGUACAGCAUGCUCAGGACGAAGACAUCCCGUGGGGUGUGCAGCUGGCGGCCGUGUACGCUUUGUGUGACUUGAGCCCCAGCAGCCCAGAGGAGACGCUGAAGACCCUGGAGGCCUGGCGGAGAGAGACCCCCAAGUGCAUCCCCUCCGCCAUCGCCAGCUGCCUGGAAGAAGUUGGCUCCCUGCGGGCCGAGGAACGUGGAUGAGUGUGAUGCUGCUGUAGCAAGACAAGUGCCUUGACACAUCUGGCGCCAGUGGGCUGGCCGCUUCCGGAACAGAGGGGCUGCCAAGGAGGGCGACUUGAGGUACCAGCGUGCGGGCGCUCUCCAAGUGAGCAGCCGCAUAAUCGUUAGUCUGAACAUUGCAUUUCACUCCGGCUGUUGUGAUCAUGUGACGUGUGGAUUAUUACCGUGUCUGGGUCGAACGAAAACUUGAACUUAGCCCUUUUUUGCUGCAGAAAGUGUCCUUUUAAUGGCUUUUAAAAACUGAGUGGCAUUUUAUAAUGAACUGAACAAUAUAGGAACAUGAUUUGUUUCCUGAGCUGUUUUUAGAUGCUCUGCUCAAGUGAGUGACUAGGGAAAAGCAGAUUGGCUGCAGAGGGAAAAGCAGAGUCCUCCACUGUGUUAGGUGGAAGUUGGCCACAAAAGCUUCUCCCAAGAUUGGUGCGUCCUUGGCCAGUGUGGAACACGAGUGCCACUGGCAGAGGCUCAUCAAAGGCAGUUUCUUCCUAUCGCUAAAGCUCCUUGGAAAUGCGUAGCUGUCAGGAACUCUCGCAGACUCCGUCCGCACCUGUCUCGGGGCAGCCUGGGGCGUGGCCGGCUCUGCUGUGUACAUACGACAGUGCUAUGAUGUGUCUCACAUUGGAUGAUGUUCCACUUUCGGAAUUUUAGUAUUUGUACAUAGAGAAUGGGUUUAAUAACUCACCGUGACUCUGAUUUGUCUUAUAUUCAUCAUUUCUUAAACUCUUGUAUGUGUUUUUUUAAUAAAAAAUAAAAGUAA